AUGAGCAAGUUCAGCCUCACGGGUCGUGUCGCCUUGGUCACUGGUGGCGCUCGUGGCUGCGGCCUCGCGUUCGCGCAAGGGCUUGCCGAGGCGGGUGCCGACGUUGCAGUGUUUGAUAUGAUAGAUCCAGUGGCUGAGUACCAUGAGAUAUCUGCUACUCUUGGGGUGAAGACCAAGUUUUACAAGAUUGAUGUCACAUCAAAUGAAAAUCUAAGCGAAGGCUUUGCUGCAGUCAAAAAGGAUUUCGACGGCAAGCUAGACAUUGUUGUGGCAUGUGCUGGCGUCAAUAAGAACGUGGAAUUUCUCGAUACCACGAUUGAAGAGUACGAAAAGUUAUUUGCGGUCAACAGCAAAGGUGUUUUCUUCACAGCGCAGCUGGGUGCGAAGGCCAUGAUCGAGAACGGCACGAAGCAUGGUAGCAUAGUCUUGGUUGCCAGCAUUGCCAGCCACAUGGCCAUUCGCUCGCAGAGAUCGUCAGCAUAUUGUGGCACAAAGGGCUCUGUUCGGGCUAUGGUUGCCCCGAUCGCUGCCGAGAUGAACAAGCAUGGCAUCCGCGUCAACUCUGUUAGCCCAGGUUAUGUACGGACAGAAAUGACCGCACCAUUUCCCCAUUUGCUGGAGAGUUGGAAAGAUGAGAUCAUGAAUGGGCGUGUCGCAGAACCAGACGAUAUUAAAGGCGCUUGCGUCUUUCUCGCGAGUGAUGCGAGCAGAUACUGCACAGGGACGGACAUACGGGUGGAUGGCGGGGUUACAAUGUGGUAA